GAGAUAGUUCAGCCAACCAUGACUGAUCAACAGAAAGGCUUUGCUGCUGCACCCGCCGCAACCAGCGCUCCUUCCCGAGUUACCUUGCACCUUGGUCAUCUUCCAAGUAAAAAGAAUAUUAAAGCGCCAUGGCCCCGGACUCCUUCUAGGGUCGACCCCAAUAACCCCCCUUGGCCCGCAUUCCGUGGAUACCAUGAGUAUUCUUUCGCCCAUGCGACUAUGGGCGUCAGACUGCCUACGAUCCUUGGAAAGGCAAUCGACGAUACUUCUCGCACUCUGAACGAGCAAUACUCUGAAGACGUCAUCAUUGACCUCGUAGCAUGUCUCGAGCGUAUGGAUACCCUCAUGGCGGAUCUCAGCGGCAAUCAGAAACUCCGUCCCAUUGUCGAUGAUGGAGAGGCAGACGUCGCAUUGUGGAACAAGGAGAUUGCAAAGUAUUUCCAAGGCAAAGAUUUUAUGAAUGCUCCUUGGCUUUUUGCAGAAGCGUACAAAUAUCGUCGUCUGCACGAAUGCUUUAGUGUGAGCAAGAACUGGAAAGAUUAUGACGUAUUUUAUCGUCAGAAGUGCGAUACUUUUUCGCGGUCGGCCGACGCGGUGUUCGAGUUAUCCAUGCGAUUCGCCGAGCCAUUCAAACAGGCCGAGAAUCUCUCGGAUGCCGAGAGGGCCGAGGCGGAACGUCUCAUGUUCCUGGAGUUGACACAAGUUUGUUUGUGGGGUAACUCCACCGACCUGUCGCUUUUGAUCAACAUGACGGAGGAGCAGAUUAAGGCCCUUCAGUCCACUGGAGGUGAUCACCUUGCCGCCACAGAAAAGAAUAUACUUGGCAACCACCUUGGACAACUUUGGGACACUGUUAAGGUGCUCAGAAAGAAGACAGGCGGUCGGAUAGAUUUCGUCCUUGACAAUGCUGGAUUUGAGCUCUACUGUGACUGUGUUUAUGCCGACUUCCUCGUUCAGAGUGGCCUUGCUAAGCAGGUCCGCUUCCACGGCAAGCGCAUCCCUUGGUUCGUCUCGGAUGUGACCAAGAAAGAUUGGGAGUGGCUGUUGAACUCGAUGGUGUAUGGGCACCUGUUCCCGAAAUCGAACGAGGUAGAACGGGAGUCGCUCCGAAGGCUCGGUGCUCGUUGGAAGCAAUAUGAGAAAGACGGUAUCUGGAUUUACGAGCAGCACCCCUUCUGGUGUACUGGGUACACUUUCUGGGAUCUCCACAGCGAAGCGCCGGAUCUUUUCUUACACCUCUCCCGUUCGGACCUUGUUUUCUUCAAGGGCGAUCUCAACCACCGUAAACUCACGUAUGAUUGUGCUGCUCCCGCAAGCACGCCAUUUGACCAAGCCAUUGGUCCCAUGGCAAAUGCGGCAGGUGCACCCAAAGUUUGCAGCCUGCGUACCAUCAAGAGCGAUGUGGUCGUUGGCUUCGGCGAUGACGGCGAUGAUCUUGCCGAAAAGUUGGACAAAGAGGAGCCUGGUUGGAAGAUCAGUGGAAAAUAUGCCGUUGUUCUCUUGUCGGAAGGCCGCCCGGGAGAAAAGGUCCACUUCGCGUAACGGGGCCAUAAGCUCAGAAGUCGCUCGCCUCAGAUCCUCACUCCGAUCCUUGGGCAACAAAUCUCCUGUAUGUAGAUAUCAUUAUUUAGUACUCCUCUAUGACUCUCGUUCGCGUAGGAUGUAUGCACACAGACGCGCGCAUAUGAAUUUAGGGUCUUUUGUACGACUAGUCAUAACCUGUAAUACAGUUGAGAGCGAGCACC